AUGGCCGCGCUGUGGCGCAGGGCCUGGGACUACACGAAGACCAAGGAGUUCCGAGAUUACGUGACCAGCACACACUUCUGGGGUCCCGUGGCCAACUGGGGCCUGCCGCUGGCCGCCUUCAGGGACAUGCAGGCGUCCCCGGAGAUCAUCAGUGGCCGCAUGACCACGGCGCUCAUCUUCUACUCGCUGGCCUUCAUGCGCUUCGCCUACCGCGUCCGGCCGCGGAACCUGCUGCUGAUGGCGUGUCACGGCGCCAACGUGACGGCGCAGAGCCUGCAGGCCGCCCGCUACCUCACCUGUGAUUCUAAAGUGCACCCAGGGGUGACAACUACUGGCAUACGUGGUGGAGAGGACAGUAGAAUGAGAGUAAGGAGACAGGCCAUGAAUAAGGCACUGGGAGCUUUUAGGAGCUCGGGAUAUCUCCGAGGUUCCAGAUGGGGUUUGCAGGAGGAAACUGAAGCUCAUGGGGAUGCAGUAGAAGUGCCGGGAUUAUGCAGUAUCGAAGAGGAGGGUCAUGGAGAGGAGCUUGGUGUUUCUGAGUGUCAAACUACUAUUUUGACUAUUACACCAAACUGA